CUGCCGCUGGAGCCUGCUCAGUGGCUAGGGUUUGCAGCACACUGACUCUGGAUGUGGCCAGGGUGGCUUUCUCCAGCUGGGAUGCAGGACUUGAGCAGAAAUUCAUUGCCACCUUCUUCCCUGCGCGAGUGCCGACUGAGUCCCAGGUUCCCCGUCUUCCCCCGGGACACUGUGCACAUAUUCUGACUGCUGCAGGGAACAGUCUCCAAGUCCUGGGCUGGCAUGUGUGUGAAUACUGAAGGCUCUGAGUUUGUUGCACAAGAAGCCCUGAGAGGAACUCAUACUGCACAGGUGCCUGGUCUUGAACAGCCAUGACGAUGGAAGUGCUCCCCAAGGCCCUGGAGGUAGAUGAGAGGUCUCCAGAGUCUAAGGACCUGUCUCCCAGUCAGACAGCCAGCUCCCUGUGUAUCAGCUCCAGAAGUGAGUCUGUCUGGACCACCACCCCCAGAAGCAACUGGGAAAUCUACCACAAGCCUAUCAUCAUCAUGUCAGUGGGUGCUGCCAUUCUGCUCUUUGGUGUGGCCAUCACCUGUGUGGCCUACAUCUUGGAAGAGAAGCAUAAGGUUGUUCCAGUCCUCAAGAUGAUAGGGCCUGCCUUCCUGUCCUUGGGACUCAUGAUGCUGGUGUGUGGGCUGGUGUGGGUACCCAUCAUCAAAAAGAAACAGAAGCAAAGGCAGAAGUCCAACUUCUUCCAGAGCCUCAAGUUCUUCCUCCUGAACCGCUGAUGGCAAUCUGACCAGAAGAUCUGCUGACCAGCAUCUGGCCUCCUAACCUUCUCUGUCAGAUACCACCAAGCUGAUCCAGGCAAACCCUCUUCUUGGCCUGAGGGCAGGACAGAGCUCAGGGCUUCACCCUCUCACAACCUAACAGUGUUGCUGGCUGAGUCUCACCUGGUUUCUCCAUCCCUGUUGAUGCUCCCUCAGAUAUUCUCAAUAUUCUCAUCCCUGGCAGCUGCAUUUAGCCAUCAUCCAUCUCACUCUCCCUGCCAAGGGCAGUGCAUGCUGAGAAAUUCUUGGGGGAUUGACUAUGCUCCCAAAAAGAACUUCGUGUUAUACUUGUGUGUCUCUGCUGGAUUCCACAUCUGCAACUUUCUGGAACGAAAACCGAUCAAGGAAGGAAGGGUGACUUCAGACCUACUGGGUUUAACAGUCUUGGCUCCCUUCUUGGGUAAGACAUUGACUUUACAAGAGACAGGACAAUUGUCAUGUGUCACACAUUCCAAAAUCUGGACAGUGAUGGGGGAUGGGUAGGGGGGAAACACUGUCCAGGGCAGGUCAUUCCUCUAGGCAUAGCUCUAGAAGUUAGCUAGCCAAGGAAGUUCAUUCCCAAAUCCAUAGUGUUGACACCAGAGGCAAUAGGGCGGGCUAAGUGGUGCCACAGUUUCCCCUUGACCCUCCAAUGCCCUUCUCACAGACUGCCUUCAACUUGGCAAUUAGCCAAGAACAAAUGCUCCUUGUUCUAACUCCUUCCCCCACCCCACCUCUGUCUCUAUGCAUCGCCAGAACAGAAGUAUGGAAGGUCACAGAUGGGACCUGUAAGGUCAUCUCCCCUUCCUCUCAGUCCAGACCUAACCUGAGAUGGGAUGCCAUGUCCAAAUGCCCCAUGGGUUUCUAGAGAUAGAUUCACCAAAGAAGAUUCUAACCUAUAUCAUCCCUGUUCCUCCCCACCAAACAGGAGAGUAUUUAUUGAGUUUCCUUCUCUGGGCCUAGGUUAGGAACAACCAGACCCAGUUCCUGAUAUCAUCUUAUUUCCAAAAGUGAGAGUGGGGAGCCAUAGUCAAACCAGUUGGCAAUAUCACAUGCUGAGUUCUUAGGGUGGCUCUGUGAACACAUGGGUCUAACAUAAAUUUACAGGAAGACAGAGAUAUUUCUGGAGACCAUGCUCAUCCCUCCUGAAGACAAAGGGAAAAUAAAUGUUAGGAAAGGGCAAGUUGUGUAAGGCCUUGCAUGUGAAAAAGCUGGGGGAAUGAGGCCCUGUGGAGUUAUAGCUCCUGGAUGCUGUUUCAUCAUCUCCUGUCUACUUCCCUUCUGCUUCCCCAAGUGCCUUAUAUCCAGCUUCUCCUUGGUACCCUGCAAACUCCCAGGUUCUAUAGAGACUGGGAGAUGCAUCUCCAGAGGGCCCCCACCAAGUAGAUACAACCCAAGAGGUAAGUGCCCUCCAAACUUCUUAUAGACACCAAGAAGCCUUUAGGUGAAAGACCAGGUGCCCAUAACAGCUCCCCCAAGCUGUGCCAAGCCAGAGGCCAGGGGAAAGCACCUGAUAACAGGGUGACAAGAGCUACAUUAAUCCCAGUUAUCUCCCUACAUCCCUCAACCUUCACGCAUUUAGAAUCACCAUAGCAACCUCUGUCCAACAGGUCUCUAGAUGUCUCAUUCCUUCACAGAACUUCCAUAGGCAGAGUCAGAAUCCAUCUUUGUUCCUGUUGCAUUAUGGGAAAUCCCUGGAGGCAGUGUUUUUUUUUUCAUGGGAUCACACACACCCACCAACACACACACUCACACACACACACACACACACACACACACACACACACACACACACCAACUCCUUAACUAAAGAGAGUUUGGGGAGCCUCUGGCCUUUCAAAGCUCACUUAAGAUAAUAAUGUCCUUCAUUAAGAUUCAUAUCAAUGAGCCCAGAUCCUCCAGUACAUCAUCCCUAGCACGCAGGUCAGGACCAUCUGGGGUUAUUGCAAUGCUGCCACUAAUUUGAGUGCUAGUGCCUCAGUGAUGGGCCUUGAAGAUCACUUUCCUUCUCCUGGCAUGGAGCCUCUCAUUUCUUGGUGCUUUCUUGAAAGAGAGCACACACAGAUGAGUUCGCUCAGAGUCCAUACCCCACACACCUCAUUAUCCCAAGAGCUCAUUGUCUGGGCACAGCCCUGGAAGGAGGGUCUUUGCAAGCAUCACUGUGGUAUAUGGAAGGGAGUUUGGGGAUAAUCAUGGUAUCAGGAAUUCUUCAAGUUCAAAACAUCUUUUUCAGCCACAUCAGUACCUGUCCCCACCUCAUCACCCCCUCCUCAAGUAGACAGAAACAAAAAAGAGCCUUUGAGAAAAAAAUCCCAAAUAUUGGUUCCCUCCCCCUACUGGAUUCCCCUACACAAGUGAGGGCCCGGAAAUGGGAUGAAUCACCCUAAAAGCAGCGCAUCUUGGAGCUUUUUGCCAAAGACUAUUGCAUCAUGAAACCCUGAGGUGAGGACAGUCUGUGAGUGAAGCCAGGCUGGAUGCCACAUUUCUGCAACAAAGCAUCCUGGGCAAUGACUUUGGUCAUCUCUCUGGCCAGAAGACAGGCCCAGCAUCCACAGCAUCAUCUCACCAGAAUGUAUUACCUGCUCAUUCUGUAGCUAUUCUGUUUUGGAGAAUUUAAUCUAAUCUGAAGCCUAAAGGAAUCAAUGUCAUGUUGAAUUGUAUUCUAUUUAAGUGUCUGCCAUGUUCAUCCUGUUUCACUAGGCAUUUGAAACCCACAAUCCCUCCUCCUCUGAAAUGUUCCCCCAUUGCCACAUUUCCUCUCCCAAGAAGGAUGCCAGGGAGAAUAGAGACAGAGUGGGUUUCAUGCAUGUCUCCUCAGGUGCCUCUCUGCCUCUGGUGGCUCUACUCCGGGGUGAUGGUGGUACAGAGGGAUCCCACAAGCCCAGUAUUGAGACCCCAAACUUUACCUGAAGAAAUUACAUUCUAGAAUGAAUUUGUGGUCUAGGCGAGGCAGGUAGAGACCAGGUCCUCCAAACACAAAUCAAAGUAGGGGCUUCCUUUCACCUCCCACUCCAGAAGCCUAUCUACUUAGACUCUAUUAGGACAGCUGUUCAUGCCUGAGUCUUGCUCCUGAGACUCACAGGCAGCCUCAGAGACUCUGCUGGUUAUAGGAGCUGUCACUCUAUAACUAGGUUCCUUAGGUCUCCAGCAAGGGACCUUAUAUCUGAGGGACUAUGCUCAAUUCUGCAACCUGCAGGUACAACGUUCAGGGUUGCCAGGCCACCUCACAGUCUAGGUCUCUACGCUAAGGGAAAGACAGGUUCACUAAAGGGUGAGUGAGACCAUCAGACCACCAAAAUAAGACCAUCUCCCACUCUCCUGUGGGUUUCUCUAGAAAAGCAGGGAGUCAUUAUCAAUGCUCCUUAUCAAUCAGUCACAAAUACUAAGUUGGGAUUGUCUUCAAUAAAUGACAAAAUGCCAAUGGGAA